AUGGACGACACCAACUAUGGAACCCUCGCAAACCGGGAUAGCCCUAUCCCCACCGUCUCCGUCACAGGCCCUCAAGGCGAUACACCCUCGCCAGCGAGCAGCGAGCGGAGACAGGGCAAGCGAGAUGCACUCAAGCAGUCGCUGUCUUCGUCAAAGUUGAAAGAGAAGCUGGAAGGUCUCGAAGGUCAGAAAGCUGAAUCGAGUAGCUUGCAAGACCGCGUGUUCACAAUGCUUCUACAACAGGUUAUCCCGUCGCAAGAAGGCGACGAACAGGACGAACCCAAGGACAGAAGAUCGAGGAAGUAUGUCGAACGUCCCGGCUUUAGUCUACCGACAAUGUCGAACAACUUUCGGCGCUUUAACGCGAGAAUCGGCGUGGCUUUCAUCUUCCAGAACCGCCUCAUCCGCCUCUUCACCUGGCGCGUCCCCACCCACACGCUCUCCUUCCUCGCCAUAUACAGCUUCAUCUGCCUUGACCCAAGCCUUCUGGCAGUUGCCCCUCUCGCCUUCUGCCUCUUCUUCGUCAUGGUCCCCGCCUUUCUAGCCCGCCAUCCACCGCCCCCCUCUCACACUUCCACAGAGCUCUACCCCUUGCAAGGCCCACCCCUAGCGCCCCCGCAAAGCAUAAAGCCCGCGGCCGACCUCUCCAAAGACUUCUUCCGCAACAUGCGCGACCUGCAGAACAGCAUGGACGAUUUCUCGCGCCUGCACGACCAAACCAUCACGGUACUCGCUCCACCGACGAAUUUCUCCAACGAGGCGCUGUCUUCGACCAUCUUCCUCAUCCUCUUCGUUCUCUCCUGCGUAAUGUUCAUUGCCGCACACCUGCUGCCCUGGCGCGCCAUCGCCCUAGUCAGCGGCUGGGCAUUCACAUGCGCCAACCAUCCCUACUUGGUCGACCUCCUGCACUCCACAGACGCCGAGGCCCGCUUCGAGAACCACGAGGCGGAAGCAAAGUCCUGGCUCCUCGGUUGGUCGAGCAAAGACAUCGACUUGUCCGGCAGCCCUGAGGUCCGCGAAGUCGAGACCUUUGAGCUGCAGUACCGUCCUUACCGCUAUCCGGCCGCCGAGUACGAACCCUUUGUCUUUGGGCCCUCGCCUUAUGUUCUUCUCUCCCCGGCUAGGAUCGCAGGCGACAAGCCCAAAGGGACUCGCUUCUUCGAAGACGUCGCCGCGCCGCGGGGCUGGCGCUGGAGCGACAAGAAGUGGACGCUUGAUCUUGGGAGCCGGGAAUGGGUGGAGGAGAGGUGCAUUACUGGUGUUGAGGUGGAAAUGGAAGGUGAGAGAUGGGUCUAUGAUAUCGACUAUGAUGAAGAUACGCCGAUAGUGGAAGGGGAGACUGGACGUAAGAGGAUGGAAGGGAAGGGGAAAGGGAAGGAGGUCAUCAAGACGUGGGAGGAGGGAGACGGGACUGGUAGGAGGGGCCAGUGGAGGCGGAGAAGAUGGGUUAGGCUUGUGGAGAGGAAGAGCAUGGGUGAGAACGCGGCGAACGUGGCCAAUGUAGCGAAAGCGCAGCGGUGA